AUGGAGGAUCCGAAUCAGAGCCAGAACCAAAGCCAGUUCCUGUUCAGCGCCAAGUCCGCCGCGCCGCUGCAGCUCUUUGGAAGCACCGCGGUCCCCGCGGUUGGUCCUGCUGGUUAUUGUAAUUACACUGGAAACACCCACCUUCCUGUUAUGAACCAAGCAAGGACUUCAAACAUUGACGCAGGGACUGAGAAGCUGCUGAAGCUUCAGAUGUCCUUGAACGACUAUCAUCAACAGAAUGCUGAUCGGUUAGCGCGUGUUGGCAAUCCAAGUGCUGUGUCAACUGGUCUGAGGCUGUCUUAUGAGGAUGAUGAGCACAAUUCGUCGAUCACGUCUGCUAGUGGUAGCAUGACCUCGUUGCCUACCACAAUGUCUUCUGUUGAUGAUCUCAUGGCUGAACUGGACAAAGAAAACAGAGAGAUUAGUUAUUACUUAAGACUUCAGGCAGAGCAAAUCGGCAAGCAGAUGAAGGAGGCGAACCAGCGGCGGAUGAUUUCUUUCCUGGCGAACCUCGAACGAGCGGUGGGGAAGAAGCUGCGGGAGAAGGAACUGGAGGCGGAGGCGAUGAACAGGAAGAGCAAGGAGCUGAACGAACAGAUCAGGCAAGUCGCCAUGGAAGUCCAGUCAUGGCAGUCAGCGGCCAUGUACAACCAGUCGGUCGCCAACAGCCUGAAGACCAGACUGAUGCAAGUGGUGGCGCAGAGCACCAACCUCACCAGAGAAGGCACCGGUGACAGCGAGGAGGCCGACAACGCUGCCUCCAGCCAGAACCCCAGCGCCGGAGCUGGAGCCGCCCCUGAGGGCUUCUUCCAGUCUGGCCUCCUUGGCAGCGAUGGCGGCAGGGGCACGACGACGACGGCUACCGUCGGGCUGGGGGCUUGCAGGUGGUGUGGCGAGAAGGAGGCGUCGGUGCUGGUGAUGCCGUGCCGCCACCUCUGCCUGUGCAUCGACUGCGAGAGGGUCUCCGACGUGUGCCCCGUCUGCCGGUUCCCCAAGAGCGGCAGCGUGGAGAUCAACAUGUCCUGA